AAGUAUCAUGGACUCCUGGAUCUUCCCCUCAUCCCCUCCAAACCUGUCGGAGCACCUCAUGUAUGAUAGCUUCGUGCAGGGCAAUGAGUCCGACCUCCGUGGGAACUACACAGACCACAGCUUCAACAAAACCAGCACGGUGGUCAUCACCUGCCUGUACUUUCUUGUUUGCACUGUGGGGCUCUGUGGAAACGCCCUUGUCAUCUAUGUCAUCCUGCGCUACGCCAAGAUGAAGACAGUUACCAACAUCUACAUCCUCAACCUGGCAGUGGCAGAUGUGCUCUUCAUGCUGGGCCUGCCAUUCAUCGCCAUCCAGCUGGCGCUGGUCCAUUGGCCAUUCGGUCCUGUGCUCUGCAGGGUGGUGAUGACCGUCGACUCCCUGAACCAGUUCACAUCCAUCUUCUGUCUGAUGGUCAUGAGUAUCGACCGCUACCUGGCUGUGGUGCAUCCCAUUAAGUCCACAAAGUGGCGCAAGCCACGCAUGGCCAAGACUAUAAACAUAGCAGUGUGGGGGGUGUCGCUGAUGGUUAACCUGCCCAUCGUUAUCUACAGCGGCCUCAUCACGAAGCACGACGGUUGUUUCUGCACCAUCGUGUGGCCUGAGCCUCAAGAGGCCUACUACACAGCGUUCAUGUUCUACACUUUCAUCCUGGGCUUCUUCCUGCCCCUCAUGGUCAUCUGCCUUUGCUACUUGUUCAUCAUCAUUAAGGUGAAGUCCUCGGGCAUCCGUGUGGGCUCGUCCAAGAGGAAGCGCUCAGAGAGGAAGGUGACUCGAAUGGUGUCCAUCGUGGUGGCAGUGUUUGUCUUCUGCUGGCUACCUUUCUAUGUUUUCAACGUCACCUCGGUGACGGGUACCAUCAGCACCACUCCCAUCCUGAGAAGCACCUUUGCUUUUGUGGUCGUUCUAGGAUACGCCAACAGCUGCGCCAACCCCAUCCUCUACGCCUUCCUGUCUGAGAACUUCAAGAAGAGUUUCCAGAAUGUUCUAUGUCUUAAGAAGGUGGGUGGCCUGGAUGAGGUUGAUCGUAGCGACAGCCGACAGGAUAAGUCUCGCAUGAUGAAUGACCCCACAGAAACCCAAAGUACUCUGCUGAAUGGUGACCUGCAGACCAGCAUCUGA